GUAGAGCAAGUGAAGUUACUAGAUAGGUUCAGCACGAGCAAUAAGUCACUGACGGGAACUCUGUACCUUACGGCAACUCAUCUGUUAUUCAUAGAUUCAAGCCAGAGAGAAACGUGGAUACUACAUCAUCACAUUGCUGCAGUGGAAAAACUUCCCUUGACUACCUCUGGCUGCCCCCUUGUCAUCCAGUGCAAGAACUUCAGGAUAGUUCACUUUGUUGUUCCCAGAGAGAGAGAUUGUCAUGACAUCUAUAACUCUUUGCUUCAGCUGUCAAGAACAGCAAAAUAUGAAGAACUGUAUGCCUUCUCCUAUAAUCCAAAACAAAAUAAAUCUGAACAAGCCGAAGGUUGGCAGCUUAUUGAUCUAGCAGAAGAAUAUAAGCGAAUGGGAGUGCCAAAUGCUAACUGGCAGUUAUCUGAUGCAAAUCGUGAUUAUAAGAUUUGUGAAACCUAUCCUAGAGAACUUUAUGUUCCAAGAACUGCAAGCAAGCCCAUAAUUGUUGGUAGCUCCAAGUUCAGAAGCAAAGGAAGAUUCCCAGUGUUGUCAUACUAUCAUAAAAAAAAAGAGGCUGCAAUUUGCAGAUGCAGUCAGCCUCUAUCAGGUUUCAGUGCCAGGUGCCUGGAAGAUGAACACAUGUUGCAAGCCAUCAGUAAAGCAAAUCCUUCAAAUCGCUACAUGUAUGUCAUGGACACCAGGCCGAAGCUUAAUGCAAUGGCAAACAGAGCUGCUGGGAAGGGCUAUGAGAAUGAAGACAACUAUUCUAACAUUAGGUUCCAGUUUGUUGGCAUUGAAAAUAUUCAUGUAAUGAGAUCCAGCUUACAAAAACUUCUAGAAG